GAAACGUGGUCUGGUGUCGUUGCCUCCAAACUUUGCAGGUCUGGAUGCCUCCAGGCCAUGGUUCGUCUUCUGGAUUUCCCACUCUCUGGAGAUCUUGGACGAGUUUAGCGAGACUCUUUGGUCGCCUCAGGUUGCAGCUUUCCUUUCUCACUGUCAAGAUCCCACUGGAGGAUUCGGAGGUGGUCCAUCGCAGCUGCCGCACCUGGCUCCAACCUAUGCAGCUGUCUCCGCGCUGGUGCUAGCAGGAUCGGAGACGGCAUACAAGGCAGUGGACCGCUCUUCCAUGUACAGCUUUCUGAUGCGAAUGAAGAGCCCCCACGGUGGGUUCAAGAUGCAUGAUGAAGGAGAGACAGACAUGCGUGGCUGCUACUGCGCCAUCGCUGUCGCUUCCAUGCUCCACCUUCUCACAGACGAGCUGCUGGAGGGGGUGCCGGAGUACAUUCGCAGAUGUCAGACAUGGGAAGGAGGCAUUGCUGGCGAAGAGGGCUUGGAGGCACAUGGCGGCUACUCCUAUUGUGGGCUGGCGGCGCUUUGCAUAGCAGGCAGAGCUGAUGCGCUGGACCUACAUGCAUUCCUCAAAUGGGCUGUGUACAAGCAGAUGACCCGCGAGGGCGGGUUCCAAGGGCGCGCCAACAAGCUUGUGGAUUCCUGCUACUCCUUCUGGCAGGGUGCCAUCUUCCCCCUCUUGCACGAAGCCUUCCGGCAGAGAGGCGAAGAAGUUGCUCUGCCGAAAGAUCACUGCUGGUUUGCUCCGCAGCCGUUGCAGACCUACAUCCUCCUAGCAUGUCAGCAUCCGAACGGCGGACUUCGGGACAAGCCUGGCAAGUCUGCAGACUUCUACCACACCUGCUAUGCGCUCAGCGGCAUGGCGGUGAGUCAAUACGACGUACAAGGUGGAACGGCUGUCUUUGGCGACCCGCGCAAUCUUUUGGAGCGGACGGACAUCUACUACAAUGUCGCGGUGGAGAAGGCAGAGCGGAAAUGCGCGUACUUCAACUCCUUGCCGCCGCUUUCAGUUGAUGGACGGACCGUUCAGGGUCGCGAAGGUUCGGGUGCGGCGGCCUUACUUAAGUGGCGGGUGGCUCGUAACCUGCAGUGGCGGCAAGUGUGGGAUCCAAGAAGCUGA